AUGCAUGAACUGGUCUACUUCGGUCGCUCGCUGCCUUGGAUUUUCAUCGACACAUUCGGCAUGUUCAAGCAAUACAAGAUUCAGGGUAACAAGGUCCCAUCGCUGCGGGAACAGUGGGAUUGCGCCAAAUUCGUGCUCUUGAGCCAUUUCACUGUUGAACUCCCCCAGAUUUGGCUCUUCCAUCCCUUGGCACAAUUCUGUGGACUCUCAACUUCGAUCCCAUUCCCUACCCUCUGGACCAUGGCAUAUCAAAUUGCAAUUUUCUUUGUGAUGGAAGAUACCUGGCAUUACUUCUCCCACCGUGCGCUUCAUUGGGGUCCCCUCUACAAGGCCAUUCACAAAAUUCAUCACCAGUACUCGGCUCCUUUCGGCUUGGCUGCUGAAUAUGCCUCACCAAUUGAAGUGAUGAUCUUGGGCUUCGGAACCAUUGGGUGCCCGAUCGUUUGGUGUGCGAUGACAGGUGAACUGCACAUUCUGACCAUGUACAUCUGGAUCGUCUUGCGCUUGUUCCAGGCCAUUGAUGCUCACAGUGGUUAUGAAUUCCCAUGGAGUCUGCAUCAUUUCCUUCCCUUCUGGGCUGGUGCCGAUCACCACGAUCUCCACCAUGAGAAGUUCAUCGGCAACUAUGCCAGCAGCUUCCGGUGGUGGGAUUAUUGUCUUGACACUGAUUACACUCCAGAGGCGCUGAAGCGCCGAAGGGAAAACAAAGCCACUGUUUCGAAGGCCCAAUAA